AUGUGCGAAAAUUGGAUCACCACCGUGGUGUCUGGCAUAUGCAGACACACCAUUGAAGAGCUUCCGGAAGUCAAACAGUGCAGCAAAGUUAGCGGCGACAAUGAAAGCUGUGGUGAGGUCAAGGACGUGUACUUUGGCCAAACGACGACGAGGGUGCUUUGCCCUGACUGCGAAGCCGCCGCCGAGGAGAAGGAUAGCGAUUGA